AUGUCUACUGACAUCCGAGGCGAGUUGAAGAAACCUAAGAAGAAAAAGGUGCUCCUUAUGGGAAAGAGUGGUUCGGGCAAGUCGAGCAUGAGGAGUAUUAUAUUUAGCAACUAUAUCGCCAGGGAUACUCGACGCCUCGGUGCGACGAUCGAUGUCGACCUCUCACACGUCAAAUUCUUAGGGAACUUAACCUUGAACCUUUGGGACUGCGGUGGCCAAGAAGCUUUUAUGGAAAAUUAUCUAUCGCAGCAGCGUGUACACGUCUUUUCUAAUGUUGGGGUGCUUAUAUACGUCUUCGAUAUAGAAUCUCGAGACGUAGACCGAGACAUGGCCACAUACGUAUCCAUCAUCUCCGCCCUAACCCAGUAUUCGCCUACCGCAAAAGUCUACGUGCUAAUUCACAAGAUGGAUUUGAUCACCCCACAUGCCCGAGAGGCUGUCUUCGUCGACCGCGUUCGGCUAGUCAGACAGAAGACUGCCGAGUUCAUCCAAGGGGCAGGCUACAUGGGCGAGUUAGAUCUUAUCCCCUUCGCGACCUCUAUAUGGGACCAGUCGCUAUACAAGGCGUGGGCAAGCAUCAUCCACGACCUUGUGCCAAACCUAUCCGUCAUCGAGUCGCAGUUAGGCUCUCUCGGAGUAUUGAUAGAAGCCGAGGAGCUGCUAUUGUUCGAGAGAACGAGUUUCCUUGUCGUGUCAAACUGGACGUCGGAAGAAGGCCAGAACAACCCUACGGGAGAUCGACAAGAGCGUAUCUCAAACAUCCUCAAGCAUUUCAAGCAAAGCAUCAGUCGCUUUACCGGUACUCCCCGCAAUGCGGAGCAGUUUACUCUGAUGGAACACAAAGCGGGAUCUAGAUUCUCUAUGUUUGCUUGCAAAUUCACCACCAAUACCUACCUCAUGGUUAUUCUCCCACCCGGAGAGGCGAGGUUCAAUUCUGCCAAGUUGAAUUGUCAGAUUGCCAGAGAGAGCUUCAAGUUCCUAGAUGGACCUGUGACUCCAGGCCAGACCUUUAAUUAG